AUGCCAUCUUCAGACCAACUCUGCCACAUGGCCGGGAAGGGCUUUAACCAGGAGCGGUCUGCAGGCAGCUCCACCAUGUCAGACAGUGACCUCGGAGAAGAUGAUGGGACUGCCUCUCUGGACCUGUUGCAGUCGAACAAGAGGAAAAGAAGGGGGAACCUCCCGAAGGAAUCGGUGAAGAUCCUCCGAGACUGGCUCUAUGAGCAUAGGUUCAAUGCAUAUCCAUCUGAGCAAGAGAAACUCAGUCUGUCUGGACAGACCAACCUCUCUGUGCUGCAGAUCUGUAACUGGUUCAUCAACGCCCGGCGGCGGCUCCUCCCCGACAUGCUGCGCAAGGACGGCAAGGACCCCAACCAGUUCACCAUCUCUCGCCGAGGGGGCAAGACCGCAGAUGUGGCCCUGCCCCGUGGGGCCACCACGGGCUCUGGGGUGCUGGUGAUGCCUCCUGUGGCUCCCGCUACGGCUGCUGCCACUGCCACCCCCAAGGUGCUGUCCAUGUCUGUCUGCCCGCAGGUGAUCUGCCACCCCGCGCAGCCACUGGCUAGCAGCCUGACAGUGGUGAGCACCCACGGGGCUGAGCAGGAGAAGCAGCCCCCCUUCCCCCGGAUGGAGCUGGACCCCCACCCCAAGCCUCAGCUGAGCACAACAAGCAGCACCAUGGCGCUGUUGGCCAGGACGGAUGCGGCCAGCCCCACCAACGGACUCUUUAACACCCCACCCCCCACGCCGCCCGAGCUCUUCGGAGAGGACUUCAGCAGCUUCCAGCUGCUGGUGGAAGUGGCGCUGCAGAAGGCGGCCGAGCUGGAAUCGCAGCGGCAGAAUGGGCAGCUGCCCCCAUUAUGGCACACAGAGCCCCAGGCUGCCCCAGUCUCCAAAUAA